UACAGCAGGCUGAGGUUCAGAACCGGAUUUCUCUCUUCCAUUGCCAUCGGAUAGAGCUCAUUCGAUUGAGUCCCAAAUUUCCCAUUUAUUAUUUCUUCCUCUCUUCUUGUAUUUCUCGGAAAGAGAUUAAAAAGAUGUUCAUCGACAGCUUUAAGGUUGAGAGUCCCAAUGUGAAAUACACAGAGAAUGAGAUUCAUUCUAUGUAUGACUAUGAGACCACGGAACUUAUCCAUGAGAAUAAGAACGGUAGCUAUCAGUGGACAGUCAAGCCCAAGAUUGUCAAAUACGAAUUCAAGACUGAUACCCGCCUCCCAAAACUAGGGGUUAUGCUUGUUGGAUGGGGUGGAAACAAUGGUUCAACCCUUACUGGGGGUGUUAUUGCCAAUCGAGAAGGAAUCUCCUGGGCAACUAAGGAUAAAGUUCAACCAGCCAACUAUUUUGGCUCAUUGACCCAGGCUUCGUCUAUCCGCGUGGGUUCUUACAAUGGCGAGGAGAUAUAUGCCCCAUUUAAAAGCCUCCUACCUAUGGUUAAUCCAGAUGACAUUGUGUUUGGAGGGUGGGACAUUAGCGACAUGAGCUUGGCAGAUGCCAUGGCAAGGGCCAAGGUGUUUGAUAUUGACCUGCAAAAGCAAUUGAGGCCCUACAUGGAAUCCAUGGUCCCGCUCCCUGGGAUCUAUGACCCUGAUUUUAUAGCCGCUAAUCAAGAUUCCAGAGCCAACAAUGUGAUCAAAGGAACCAAGAAAGAACAAGUCCAAAAAGUCAUAAAUGAUAUCAAGGAGUUUAAGGAGAAGAGUAAAGUGGAUAAAGUGGUUGUGCUUUGGACUGCCAACACAGAGAGGUACAGCAAUGUGGUUGUGGGGCUGAAUGACACAAUGGAGAGCCUUUUAGCUUCACUGGACAAAAACGAGGCUGAAAUAUCUCCUUCUACCUUAUAUGCAAUUGCCUGUGUUCUUGAAAAUGUCCCUUUUAUCAACGGAAGCCCACAGAACACCUUCGUCCCUGGGUUGAUUGAUUUGGCUAUUAGAAGGAACAGUUUGAUUGGAGGAGAUGACUUUAAGAGUGGUCAAACCAAGAUGAAAUCUGUCCUAGUGGAUUUUCUAGUCGGGGCUGGUAUCAAGCCAACUUCAAUUGUGAGCUACAACCAUCUUGGAAACAAUGAUGGAAUGAAUCUCUCUGCCCCACAAACCUUCCGCUCCAAAGAAAUAUCAAAGAGCAAUGUGGUGGACGACAUGGUGUCGAGCAAUGGCAUCUUGUACGAACCAGGGGAGCAUCCUGACCAUAUUGUGGUGAUCAAGUAUGUACCAUACGUUGGAGACAGCAAGAGAGCCAUGGAUGAGUACACAUCAGAGAUAUUCAUGGGUGGGAAGAGCACCAUAGUGCUGCACAACACAUGCGAGGACUCCCUUUUGGCCGCUCCCAUUAUCCUUGAUCUAGUUCUGCUUGCUGAGCUCAGUUCUCGCAUCCAGCUCAAGGCUGAAGGAGAGGAGAAGUUUCAUUCAUUCCAUCCAGUGGCUACAAUACUGAGCUAUCUCACCAAGGCUCCUCUUGUUCCCCCAGGCACACCAGUGGUGAAUGCCCUGUCGAAGCAAAGGGCGAUGUUGGAGAACAUUUUGAGGGCAUGUGUUGGGCUGGCGCCUGAGAAUAAUAUGAUCUUGGAAUACAAGUGAAAAAUGCCACUUCUGCUUUCCUAGUUUCAGUUCGAUGUAAUUGAUGCUCUUGUCUCAGCAAUGUGCAUUUUAUUUUUCUUUUUUAGAGCAGGAAGCUUCUGUGUGAAGGCUGUUGUCUUGUGAUUCAACAGCAUCCCUUAAUGAGGAAAGGGGAGUAUGAUAUAUAAUUAACGGGUUAAACUACUCUCAGUGUGCAAGUUAACGGUACAUUUUCAAUAUAAACUUGUGGACGUUUCGAUACAAAA